GACCGGGCAUAAUUCUCGCAAGUGUACUCGUAAGAAAAGGUCUAAGAAUAGAUCCAAAAAGAGUGGUAAUAUCAAUAAGGUUGUUGUGGAUUCUGACUCUAGUUCAGAUACAGACUCUUCUGAUAACGAUUCUUCAGAUAAUAACUCCGAUCCUGAGGAAACCUCAUCUGAAUCUGAAGCUGAUAUCAAUUUCAAAGAAGAGACAGAGUCUCGAAUCUCCGAUUCAACGUUCUUCACAAAAAAUGCAAAAGAAAUCAGAGUCGCUCCUGAAGGGUCUGCAAAACCUGACUUUACAAAUUAUCGAGAGCCGGUCCCAGAAAUACCCGAAUCAGAUGGUGAAGAGGAGAUGCUGAACGAUCCUAUGGAGAUUGAUUUUGUCCGUCGGAAAGAACCGGUAAUUAGUAUUGCAACUAUACCAGUUAAAAUCAAACGCUUAAAAAUUCCAGCAUUGGUACUUGAUAGUGGUGCCGAACCUGCAAUUGUAUCAGAAGAUAUUGUUAAACGUAUAGGCGGGAAAAUAGAUAGGUCAGAAAAAUACGAUCUUAGUGGAGUCGCUACUGUUCCAACGGAAUCUGUUGGUAUUACUCAUAAUUUGCCAAUAACAUUUCCUCCAGGUUUUACUAUACGUGAAGAUUUUGUAGUUGUACGAGUUCCUAAACCGACAUUAAUAUUUCCAAAUCCGCUUCUUAAAAAAUAUAAAUGUGCUGUAGACUGGGGUAACGAUAAAAUGAAAAUUCAUUACAAUGGAGAAGAUUUUAUUAUUCCGGUUACUAUGCACAAAGUCAAGAAUAAACUCGAAGUAAAUUGCGCUACUGCAACUCAAGGUGAUAAGUCAUUGAUAUCCGAUAAAAUUUCUCAAGGGUCGAUAGUAAUGAGGGGGGUAAUGAACCAUUGGAGGAAUGGCAUGCUUCUGCGGACUUUAGCUUAUUGCAAAGCAAUGGAGCUCCGCUCCUAG